AAAAAGCUAGUGUGUAAUAACAAACACUGCCUUCGUGAGCCUUGGUUACCGUUAUGACGUGUUGGGAAUGAUGGCUGUAGUUGGGUUGUUGUAUGUAGCCUAGCAGGUUUAUUGACUGUCUGAAUGUGGUUUAUUGACGGUAAUAUUUCAAUGAAACCAUUUGACUCGGAUGACGAAGAGGGAGAGCAGCUGGGAGUCAAGCAAAAGGAGCUGAGACAACGAGCAAACCAGAGCCUCCAACAGCUGAGCGGUGCUCUGGACCAGCUGGACCCUGAUGAAGAGGAUGUCCGACCCGCUGCAGGUGACGUCUUCACUGAGGAGGACAAGACAGCAUGGAGUCACAAGACUCAGAGUGAAGCAGUCAACCAGCUGAAAAGCCUCCUAUUGAAGCAAGGCAGAGAAAUCCCCACCUCUUUUUCCCCUUCAGGGAAGCAUUCUCCAUCUAAGAAAGUGCGCCUGGAUGGCAGGUCCAGUUUACCAGCCUUUCGGGACUUGGUUCCAAUGAAUUAUGACCAGUCUGAGUACAUUCAGCACCUAGAAGCUGAAAUAAAGUUCUGUAAGGAGGAGCUGCAGGGGCUGAAGCAGCGGAUCAGAGUGGUGGUGGUUGAAAAUGAGAAGCUGCAGUCUGAGCUCAAAUCCAGGAUCGUGGAUCAGUCUCUGAAAGAUUAUCCAACCCAUAAUUCUAUGGUGCAAAACAACAACUUGACCUCAAAAACGGAGCAUAACACCUGGAAAAAUGACCUGGAGCAGUUAAAAGUGAUCCACCAGGCCCAGACAGAAAGCUUGGAGGCUCAGCUCAUCUCUCUCAGAAAGGAUCUCUCAGUGAGUCAGAAGGAGUGUGAGGAGGUGAAGGUUCGUCUGAGACACAAAGAGCAGCAGACUGCAGAAGCGUCGAAGGCCGAUGGAGCUGCCCGAGUAGCCGGGUUGUGUCUGCAGUGUGCGCAGCAUGAAGCGGUGGUGGCUGGAACUCAUGCAAAUCUGCAUGUGCAGGCUAUUGACAGGCUCACAAAGGAACGGGACGAAUUGCUGGCAGCUCUGCGUGCAGUGCGGGCGAGUCAACAAGAGGCCCAGCAGAGAGAGUGGUCAGCCUGCCUGCAGGUCAAACAGGCUGUGGAGAUAGCCGAAGAAGCCAAUCUACAAAAAACUAGGGUGGAGAUGCAGUGCGAGCAAUUAUCCAGGGAGCUGGCGCGACAGAGGGAACAGCUGGACAGAGAGGCGCAUGCAGUGCGGGCCAAGAUGGCGGAGGCCCGAGAGGAGGGCCGGGCUGAGGCACGCAAACAAAAAGAAGAGCUAGCACAAACGGCGUCCAGCCUGUCUCAGCGGGUAGCCGAGCUGGAGGGGCAGCUGGACCGAGCUCACAGAGACAGGAGUUCACUGACCAAUCAGCUGGAGGAUACGCUCAGCAAGCUGACCAAUCAGGAACAAGACAAUGCCAAGGUAUGUAUGGAUCUGCGGUAUCAGCUUAGCAAUGCCAGCCUGAAGAAAGAGGAGGCUGAGCGAGAGCUCAGAGAGCUGAAGGCCAAGACGAGCAGGCAGAGGGAAAAAGCUGCACAGGAAGUGGAAAGUCUGAGCUCAGAGCUGGUUUGCUGUCGGCAGCGUUUGGAGGCGGCCCAAAGGGUUGGGAGCCAAUGGCAGUCCAAAGCUCUGAGCCUGGAAGAACAGCUGGCAAAUGCCCAGCGCCAACUGCACCUCACCAGACAGGACAGAGAGAGUGCGGAGCGGGCACAUGCAGAGGAAAUGGCGUCUGUGACCCUUUCAGCGCGGGAACGGGGGGAGGCGCUGGCAGCCAUGCUGCAGAAAUCGGAGGCUCAACACCUGCAGAGAGUCGGAGAGAUGGAGAAUCUCAUGGGUUCCCAGAAUUCCCUGAUCGGGAAGCUCAAAGAGGAAUGCUGCAAACUUGGGGCCAAACUGGAAGAGUUGUCUCAUCAAAGCAGGAGCGAGCUGGAACAGCUGGCUCUGGAGAAGCAGCACUCGGAGGAGACGGUGAGGAGUCUGAGAGCGCGCUGCUCGGAGAUGGAGGAGCAGUGUGUCCAGCAUGGACGCAUGCACCAGCGCAUGAAGGACAGGUGGUGUUGUUUCCCCGGGUCAGGAAGGAAGCUCUCCCCGUGUGACCCCGAGCUCUCCGCUGUCCGCCCCGCCGGCAGCAGCAGCAGGGCGACGGCUGGAGACCGCUGCCUCUCCAUCUCUGAGACCGCAUAUCGUCAACCCUCAUCUUUCAGCGUCCGCAGACCCCGUCAACUCAGUCAAUCCACAAAUCCGUCCAAGCCUCCAGCCCUCCUUCUCACUUCCCAGCAGCCAGAUGAGUGUGUGUGUGGGUGUGUGUGUGUAUGUGUGGAUGGAUUAGUGAGGGGCAGUGUCUGCGCAUUAGGCUGUAUUAAGCCCUAAUUAAAGAUUGUGCCAGUCGAUGGAGGCCAGUUAUUGGAUUUGCUGCUUUAGCGGCUGGAAGGAGCGCUACUUUAAUCAUACACACACACACACGCACAUACACACUCGCCUUGCCUCUCAGGGACAGAGCAGGAAGGUGAGAUGAGGUGGAUUAGAGCGAGGCCAGAGGUUGGCAGCUCUCCACUCCGACAAACACGGCGCGUUUGGUCGUCUGCGUAGCCGGGUCGCAGCUUUUACUCACCGCGUUGCAUAAACCUUCAGCUUACAACCUGCGGCCGGUUUAAACAUCUCAGGCCGUGACCUGACCGACUGAUUUACUGGCUGGGCUGAGACGGAGCCUUUUACACAGCCAUGCCAACGUGUUCACAGCCCUUUAACAUGUUCGCAUUGUGUCACGUUACCUCAAUGUGUUUUUAUUGGGGUCCCAGGGGACAGACCAGGGGUCUGCAACCUUUAUCCAGAGACGUAAACCAGAGGAUGAAUACAUCUGAAGGUGAACGUGAGACUGACAUGAUGCCGUCACAUGCAUGACAUAACAUCUGUCAGGAACAUGAAGGAGUCUUCAUGAAUGUUGUGAUGACGUAUAAUUUCAAUUAUGGGGUAAAUAAUGACACUUGUGUGUGGUGAUGCUGCGUCUGCCUGUAUUGAGGGGUUUGAUCAGACUCCUUACAGCUGAAAAUCUUCUGCGUAAAACCAGAAGAUGAAAUGGCGCUGUGAUCCUCGGCGACGGCAGAUUCUGGUUCUGUUUGUCUUGGCAGGAUGUCGUCUGGUUCACUUCUGAGGAAUAACUUCCCAGACUGACAAUAAAUCCUUUGUUGCAGUGUCACAUUUAUCUCCGGCAGAAGACAAAAGUGUAAAACUUUUCUUGGCGAAACAUUUUCAUGCCUCUCUCACCGUGUCACAAACCCACAGCGGAUUUUACAUCCAGCCACUCGUCGCGACAAAUUCUCCGCAACGAGCUUCUGGAAGUUUCUCUUUGAUCGACUGGCAGCGUCGGGUGGAUUUCUGUGCUUCGGUGAGGGGAAGCUGUAACUGGAUAAGGACUGACAUUUUCUGUGUGUGUGUGUGACUCAGAUUAGCUCGGUGGUGUGGAGCUGAAGGCCUGCAGUCGGAACAUUCUCAACACUUCCCUCAUCAAACCUUUACAGAACAACAGGCUCUGUUUCUGACCUUUAGGCUGAUGUCUGCCGCUCUUCGUGAGCAGAACAUCGCUGCUUUGGACUCUUUCUGUGUUUGUGUUUGUGUGUGUGUGUGUGUGUGUGUGCGAUGGUUGUGUGAUGUCGUGCUGUGCAGUGGCGUAGGAGGGAGAGGCAGAGUGGGAGGAAGCAGCGAGGGGGCGGCUGGUCAGGACAGCUUGGAAGCCGGCUGCAGGAGCGCCAGGCGGGGAGGAGGGUCGCCGCCCUCGGCCUCCAGGAACCGGACCGAGCCGCAGGUCUGGGAUAAAACACUCCCUCAGGCGGAGGGCAGGUUAACGCUGAGAGUGUGUAAGGAGGAUGAUGCUGAAGAAGAUGUGUGUGUGUGUGUGUGUGUGCUGGGGUUUCCAAAUGAAGAGGUAGAGGAGGAUUAAAGUGGAGACCAUGCAGGGCCUGGUGAGGGCGGGGGAGCAGGGAGCAGAUUGUGUCGCAGAGUUGGGAUGUUCGCCUCCUCCGUCUGUCACACCGAGGCAGGGAGGCGGGCCAGCCGCUGCCAACAUGACCAGCAGGGUAGGGCCGCUUGCCCCAAGCCCAAAACCCUCAUCAUCAUCAUCCUCUUCCUCCUCCGUAGCUAGCCAUCUUCCUGGCUGCCAUUUGAACCCGAAGCUGUAGUUGGCUUGGCUUCUGUUCUUUAAAGGGGACAUGUUAUGCAUGUUUCAAGAUUCUUAUACAGGAUUCAGUUUUUGGAUGUUUUUGUACUUCCAUUUGAUUCUCUACUGAUUCUGAAAACAGCUAAACACCUAAAAAAACAAACAAAAAAAAACAGCUGUUUUCUGGCAACAAGUCAAUGAUUUUUUGUGUCUGGGUGGGUUUAACACUGAGCUGCUGGUGGGAAAUGUUCAGGAAGAUUCUUUCCCCAAAUACUCACAUUAUUUUUCCAGCCUCACCCUUCAGCCACACACACACACACGCACACACACGCACACACACACACACACACACACACACACUCUAAUCCCAGUGAGCAGUGAAAGGGUUCAUUGUCUGCAGGAGCCGCUGGGUCAGAGGGGUCGCACUAAUUGGAAUAUUUUGGUGAAACUACACACAUUCCUACAAUUCUCUUUGUAAAACCAAAAAAAUAAAUCAAUUAUGCAUUUUAAAUUAUGCAUUAGAUGACUAAUAAAACAGUUUUGAAAUAAAAGUUCAUAUAUGCAUGAACAUCUGUAGUAAUGUUCCUGUGUUGUUUGCUGUAGCAGCUUCUGUCUAUCAUAUUUUAUUAAAAAUAUCUGCUUGCUUCUUAGACUUUCAGCUCGAACCGUUUCACUUGCCGUUUCUUUUUAGGGGUUGAAAAUAAUGUGCUUUUUCUUCUAUUACAUUUUUGGAAAUUUUUAUUUUUAUUUUUAUUAUAAAGCCUGAAAAUAGAAAUAAAAUGUUGGUUACUCAACAGGUAGAUAUUCAUCAAAAACAAGAAAAAGCCUCUUCAAAAAGUAACGUAACAUUUGUGGCUUUAAACAAGCUUUUGUUUUGUUUUCCUAAUUGGACUGUUAAAUUAAAAUUAAAAACCUCUGAUCUAAAUUAUCACUUUGUUCUCUUAUUCUUUCACGGUUCCCUAACAACAAAGGUCUGUCAAAUUUAGCUGCUUAGUUUUUUAACCUUUAAGAAAAUGUUUAUUUUACUGCAAACAUCUUCUACUCCUUGGGGAUUCUUCUUGUCUAUAUUCUUCAUCUCGAUUCCUCCAGUACUUGUUUUCCUGAAUGUCUGAUUGGUGGUGAGUCUGAUGCAAACCGCUCACCUUUCACCUCUUCACACAAUCCCGGAGCUUUAGGUCUAAUUAAAAUAUUUAUCCUGACGUAGAAGGUAUUCUCUUCAUCUGAAGUAUAUAAAAGUUGAACUGAGAUAAUCAUUGAUCCACUCCUGUGCUAAAAGAUGCUUUCUUUACAUGAAAACCUCCAUUAGCUCAUCAGACGAUGAGGAUCCAUCUGACUAGUCUUGAUGUUCUCCUCCACUGUCUCAAACACAUCUGGCCUACGUUUCCUCUUUCCACCACAGUGCCAUCGUCUCCUUGUCAGCAGUGUUGAUUGUUUGAACAACACAAAGUCCAGUGAAAUUAGAAGCUCUUCGUGGAUCCAGCUCUGUUUCAAUAUUUAACAUUUGAUUUUAUAUUUGUCAGGAGAGCUGGUUAUUCCCCAAAUACUACAGUGAGGAUCCACUGCUUCUGACGGAGACCGAAGCCUGUGGAAGGUUAUGGGUUAGAGCCCUAAGAUGUAGAGUUUUAGGUUAUGUAAAUGGAAGUCAGUGCAAAGUCUCUGUGAAGAUAGAAAGUCAUACUGUGUGU